UGAUAUCGGAGUCGUGCGACAUCUUGUUGAUAAAUAAUUACCGGUUGCUUUUCAAGUUGUGGCCGGCCAUAAAUACCGCUGAAGCUAUUAACCAAUGCGCAAUAAUGAGCGAGUACACGGCGGAGUUCAGUGCUGCAGAGCAGGCGCUGAUCGAUAAAGAGUUUUCCAGACUUGCGGAUAGCACCUACCUCGACCAUGCGGGCACAACCCUCUAUGCCGAAAGCCAAGUGUCAGCUGCGGCCCAACAACUGCAACGCGAUGUAAUCUGCAAUCCGCACACCUGCCGCGCCACCGGCGACUAUGUGGAUCAGGUGCGCUACAGAAUCUUGGAGUUUUUCAAUACCAACGCCGAUGACUAUCACGUAGUUUUCACAGCGAACGCGACGGCUGCACUGCGUCUGGUGGCCGAACAUUUUGACUUUGGCAAAGAUGGAAACUUUCACUACUGCCAGGAGAAUCAUACCUCGGUGCUGGGCAUGCGUCAGCUGGUAAAGGCCAAGCGCAUCUAUGUACUAAACAAAGACAGCAUUGUGCUUAACGAUGUGGAGCAGCCAGUAGCUCCAGCUCCAGCUUCAGCGACCGGAGCAGCACAUGGCAACUCGCUGGUCGUGUUCUCGGCUCAGUGCAAUUUCAGUGGCUACAAGCUGCCGCUGACUGUCAUCGAAAAGAUACAGAGUGGUGGCAUGCAGCAGCUGGGCAAGUGCAUCUGGACAGAACCGGCAGGGGAACGCGUGAAUAACACCAACAACAACAAUUAUUAUGUGUGCCUGGAUGCCGCCUCCUUUGCCGCCAGCAGCCCGCUCGAUUUGCAACGCCAUCGACCGGACUUUGUGUGCCUUAGCUUUUACAAGAUCUUUGGCUAUCCGACGGGCGUGGGUGCCUUGUUGGUAAGUCAGCGCGGUGCGGAUGUGCUGCGCAAGCGUUUUUAUGGCGGCGGCACCAUCAACUACGCUUAUCCACAUACCAUGGAGCAUCAGUUGCGCAGCACAUUUCACGAACGUUUCGAAGAUGGAACGCUACCCUUUCUCUCCAUUGUAGAGCUGCUGCAAGGCUUUCGUACGCUGGAGCGCCUGGUGCCCGGCCGCAGUAUGGAGCGCAUUUCACGGCAUGUGCAUGGCUUGGCGCGCUACUGUGAGCAGCAGCUGAAGCAGCUGCAGCAUCCCAACGGCGCACCGCUCGUCACGCUGUACAACCAUGCGGGCUAUGGUGAUCGCGCCAAGCAGGGCGGCAUUGUGGCCUUCAACGUGCGCACCGACGCUAGCGAUUAUGUGGGCUUCGGUGAGGUGGCUUGCGUGGCUGCACUGCAUCGCAUACUGUUGCGCACGGGCUGCUUCUGCAAUUUGGGUGCCUGCCAGCACUUUUUGCAACUGAAAGAGGAUACAAUGGAUGCCAUUUAUAAGCGCGCCGGCCGUAUCUGCGGCGAUUACUAUGAUCUGCUGGAUGGACAGCCGACGGGUGCGGUACGCGUCUCCUUUGGCUACAUGACACGUCUACAAGAUGUUGAGCGCUUGCUGCAGAUGCUGCGCGCCAGCUAUAUACACAGCAAGCCGCAGCAGCGUUUCAGCUUCAUUGAGCAGCAGGCGGAGCUGCUACCCAAGGUGCUGCAACAGCGGGCACAGCGUUUGCGGCCACGUUUGCUGCAGUUGGCCAUUUACCCGGUCAAGUCAUGUGCCGCUUUCAAGAUCGAGCAGGACGCCGGUUGUUGGCCCUUAACUGAUCAGGGACUGCAGUACGAUCGCGAGUGGAUGAUUGUGGACAUUAAUGGCAUGGCGCUAACCCAAAAACGCUGCACGGAUCUCUGCCUGAUACAGCCACGCCUCGUUGCGGAUCAACUGCAGCUGCACUUCUGUGGCGCGGAUUCAGAGUCCUUUUGCUCCGUGCCCCUCUCGCUGAGCGUUCAGGCCGCCAACUCGGCACGCUGUCGCAGCAAGGUCUGCCGUCAGCCCAUUGAGGGGUACGAUUGCGGUGAUGAGGUGGCCACUUGGCUAAGCCAGCAGCUCGGACUGGAUGGGCUUCGCCUGCUGCGCCAAUCGGCGCAGCGCAGCGCACCGGGCUCGCAGCAGCAGCAACUCAGUUUGGUCAAUCAAGCUCAGUUUCUGCUCGUCAAUCGCGCCUCGGUGCGUUCACUGCAGUUCGAGGAGGCGCUGGACGAGACUGUCGAUCGAUUCCGUGCCAACAUUGUCAUUGACACUGGCAUGCCAUUCGAAGAGCUGGCGUACGCGCAGCUGCGUAUUGGCGAUAUCCUCUUCCAGGUGGAUGGACCCUGUCAGCGCUGUGACAUGAUCUGCAUCAACCAGCGCACCGGCGAGCGUUCUCCAGAGACGCUCACGACCAUCGCCCGCAUGCAGAGCGGCAAGAUGAGGUUCGGCAUCUACAUUUCGCGUGUACCCAGUGAAUCGGAUGGCAAACAGAAGCAGCAAUUGGCUUGUGGAGAUGCCAUUGUUGUUAGUUAGUCAUUUGAAUUUGUUAGUUAUUUAAAUUAUAUUAUUAUUUGAAAUCUACAUCAUAUACAUACAUUCCAAAAGACAUGUUAAAGUACAAAAGUAAUUGUAUACCGCCUGUUAGCUUGCCAGCAUUAUAUAACUAUAAGUUAUACUGAAAUGUGGAUAUUUUAUCGGUAGGAAAUGUAUCUUGUUUACAUUAGGAUUGUUUUCUUUGAAAUAUAUUCGAAUUUUUCAUGAAAA